AGUGUUAACGGAAAUCCUGUUUUUACAAAUUCUGCCACAGUUGGCGCUAGCGUAAAUGGGAAGCUAACGAAAGGUGAGAAGUUUUCCGCCGGCAUUUUAUUAAAGUCAAUGUAUAGUUAUUCUCUGACACAUGGGAAACCAAGCUGCAUAGAAGGUCGCGGACUUUAUCUACAGCACAGCGGGGCUGCAGCAGGUGGAAGCAGCAGCCGCCGCCACGGAGAUGGCCAACUUGAACUGGAAGCCGUUUAUCUACGGAGGGAUGGCCUCGAUUGUCGCAGAAUUCGGCACAUUUCCCAUUGACCUUACUAAGACCAGACUACAGGUCCAAGGUCAGUCUCAGUACACAGAGGUGCGCUACAGAGGCAUGUUCCAUGCUCUGUUCAGGAUCGGGAAGGAGGAGGGCAUUCGGGCGCUCUACUCUGGAAUUUCCCCGGCUCUUUUGAGACAGGCUUCUUACGGAACAAUCAAGAUAGGAACCUACAAUUCUCUGAAGAGGCUAUUUGUCAGUCAGCCAGAAGAUGAGACGAUGGUCAUCAACGUCUUCUGCGGUGUCGUGUCUGGAGUCCUGUCGUCCUCUUUGGCCAACCCUACAGAUGUUCUCAAGAUCAGAAUGCAGGCACAGGGCAGCCUGCUCCAAGGCAGCAUGAUGUCCAACUUCAUCAACAUCUACCAGACAGAGGGCACCAGAGGGCUGUGGAGAGGUGUCAUCCCCACAGCACAGCGAGCAGCUAUUGUUGUCGGAGUGGAACUUCCUGUCUAUGACAUAACAAAGAAGCACCUCCUUCGUUCCGGCCUCAUGGGAGACACUAUUUUAGCACAUUUCAUUUCAAGUUUUGCAUGUGGCUUGGCGGGGGCACUGGCCUCCAAUCCUGUAGAUGUGGUCAGAACUCGAAUGAUGAACCAGCGAGUUUUGUCUGGAAACCCCAUUUACAAAGGAACAUUGGAUGGACUGAUGCAGACGUGGAGGAAUGAAGGCUUCUUUGCUCUCUACAAGGGAUUUUGGCCUAACUGGCUACGACUGGGACCUUGGAACAUCAUUUUCUUCAUCACCUUUGAGCAGCUGAAGAAGCUCCCAUUUUAACAAGAGCCGGUAGUGCGACUGUGUGGGUCGGUUGGACUGUGUCAGAGAUAAGUGGGGCAUGAGCAUGGCACCAGGCGAUUUGGCAAAUCUAUAUUCACACUCCCUUUGAACGAAAACCAGUUUCAUUUCAAGGUUGUUUUUUUGUUUGUUUGUGGGUUUUUUUUGUUUUUUUUUUUAUUUAUUUUUAUUGUUACUGAUUCUGUUUUAAAGACUGCUGUGGUUAAUGAUUUGGCUCACCAUUUCACACUCCUCAGGCAGCUAAAUGCGUAGUUCUAGCAAAAGAGGGAAAGCUUAGAGGACAAUGUGUUUUGUUUUGUUUUUCUCAGCUGAUGAGAAAUAGUGUGGAUUGCAUGACUGGAUUUUUAAACUUGGGCUUUCCGAGGACAGAGUGAAAAUUUCUAAUUAUUUGCUCAGGAUUCUUAGAGACAGCUGACGCACGUACGGAGGAAAAAGGGUGUUAGAUUUUAAAAAGAAUGUGUAGAAAGCUUUGUUUUAGGGGAAAGAUGGCACAUGAAAUUUGCUCAGAAAAUCUCAUUUUAACUGCUGAACAGAGGAAUGGCGCGAAUGAGUGGUACACGUGACAAAGUGACUGUUACUGGUAGUCACAGUAAUAAGAGAGAUGAAGGUACAACAGAGUUGACACUGUUACAGAGAGAUGAUGGCUCUUCCAGUGAGCUUUUUGUUCAUCUAAAGGUUUUUGUUAUUCAUUUGUUCUGUUUUGUUGUUUUACAGUCAGAAAUCUGAACCAUCUGAGCCUGUGAAGAGUAAAUAGCACAUCAGCUCUUAUUAAGAAGUACUUGAUUCAAAGCAGCAGCCAAUCCUUAACAAAAAGGUUGUUUUGUUUAUUUUUUUUUCAGUUCUGUUCACAUCCAUCUGAAUCAGUAUUAGGAUGUAGUCGGUGGUGGGCAGAGAGCUUGCUGCCACACAAACAAGAGAACAAUCAGUACAUAGUGUAAAUGCAUGUACAGACACAUUCACACUCAGAGGUGGAUGUAUUUUACCUGAGGCAUGUUCCUGUACAUACAAGGCCUUAUCGUUCCUCUUUUAACCUCAGUUCCUGUGCCAAAUUGCGUCCCGUCCCGAACUUGCACUUGGUCUUUGUAAUAAGUCACUGUAGUUGAUGUAGAUUACUCGGUGACGUGCACAUUUGUAAAUCACAUUCUCUGAACUCCACCCAUGUAAAACAGACCAGACAUAUUUACAUUUAUUUUUAACUGCUUGUUUAAAUUUUAUUUAAA